AGUGAUGCACCGCAUACAAAAGAAGAUAGUUUUUUACGGUCUGCCAUAGAACAGGUGGCUUGCUCAGGAUCCGCAGCACAGUCCAUAUUACAAUGAGAUGAAGCCUCAAGCGAAACAUUCCCGGCGUGUAUAGAUUUGUUAUACUAUUCUAUAGACAGCUAGUCCAGCAUCUUACUAUGUUUAAUGCAUUUUGGAAAUUAACUUAAAGGAACCACCAGCUUAACUUGUUGAAAACUAUUUUAAAGGGACAGUUUAAUGUCCCAGGCAGCCUCACCAGGUCAUUAAUUUCCCAAGAAAAUGGCAUUGGUUCCUUAUGAAGAGAGUGGCGUCCAUGGACUGAAGAAGUUUCACAAUUCCGAAGCUACGUAUCAUUUCGCCAAUCACUCUAUACGGAUCAGGCAAAACUGGAAAGAACUGGGUGUAGCAGCAGUCGUCUGGGAUGCCGCGGUCGUUCUUUGCAUGUACUUGGAAACAGGUGCCGUCGAUCUGCAUGGAAGAUCAGUGAUCGAAUUGGGUGCAGGAACGGGUUUAGUUGGAAUCGUAGCAGCAAUGUUGGGUGCCCGUGUAACAAUUACAGACCGUGAGGUGGCCCUGGACUUUCUCACGAUGAAUGUGAGAGAAAACCUUUCUUCCAACCUGCAGGACAAAGUAUCUGUAACUCCGCUGACAUGGGGGAAAUCUCUUGAGAACUUCUCGACAUUUGAUGUCAUAGUGGGAGCUGAUAUCAUUUACCUAGAGGAGACUUUCCCAGAGCUACUGAAAACAAUUCUCCACCUCAGCUCGGAGGACUCUUUGGUUCUGUUAUCGUGUCGCCUUCGCUACCAGAGGGACCAGAACUUCCUAGAUAUGCUGAAACAAGACUUUGUAGUAACAGAGGUUCAUUAUGAUAGUAAUACCGAUGUCCAUAUAUUCAAAGCUCACAAGAAGACUCCACGGAACGAGCUUUAAAUGACAAAAUAAAAACACUUUCACAUUC